GUCAGUUUGAGUUUGGUUCGUAGCGCGUUCGCACACGCGCGCUCUUUAUAGUCGACCAUAUACAAAUAUACUAGUUUGUUCCCCAACCGAUCAGAGAUCUCAGAUUCAAGAUCCGAUCUGACCGUUGCCGUGCCUCUCGCCGUAUUUCGCGCUCUCUAAUCAGUUGGCCAACGUAAUUUUUGGGUCUGCGUAGCGUACUUCGCGGCUAAUUUCCAACUUAAAAAAGUGAAAAAAAAACAACAACAACAACAACAACAAAAUCUGGCAAAUAAUUGAGUAAUUAAAGUUAAACUGCACUAAACCAUAACUAAACUAAAGUGAUAGGCUAGAAAUUUUCAAAAUAUAUAAAAGUUAAUCAAAGUGUUUAGGCUAAAAACGAAGCCUAUUUUUCCUAACAGUGCAUGUGCUCAAAAAUCAACAAAAACAAACUGAAACCACUGAGCCAGCAGACUCUACUCAAAAGGUCCUAACUCAAAACUACAAAAAUGGCCUCCACAACAAAAGAGAAUGGCACGACAGCGAAGACAGCAACCAUGGAUGAUGACUACAUAACGGUAGUUGAAGUCGAUGAUCCCACGUCGUCCUCAAAGGAUCGCCUUAAGAAGCUAGUCAAGCGGCAGAGCUCCGUGGCAGAGGACUCCUCGUUCAUCACAGUGCUGACCAUUAACGAGAUGGAGCUUCUGCAGCAGCGAAAACAGGAAGAGGGAAUCGGGAAUGCCUCAAUCCCAAUUAAAGAAGAUCAAAUCGAGGAUGUCACAGUGUAUAGAUUGCCGGGAGAACGUCUCGGUUUCGGCCUCAAAUUCCAGGGAGGCACCAGAAACACAGAACUCGUCCAAAAACUGUACAUACAAUCCUGCGCCGCCGACAGUCCCGCCUCCAAAGUGUCCACCAGUUGGGGUAAUCUUCGCGAGGGCGAUGAGAUUGUCAGUAUCGAUGGUCGAGAUGUCAAGGAGAUGACCCGGAUCGAUUGUGUCCGUGGGCUGAAAGACAAUGUGGCCAUUCAGUUGGUGGUGCGCAAUGGUCAUGGACAGAAACCACCAAGCGAAGAGGAUCCACAGCAGCAGUUGGAACAGCUUUCGAUCACAUUGAAUGCCCAACCACCGCCACCGCCGCCAGUGCCACCAAGAAAAUUGGUCAGGCGACAGAACUCCAAGGAGAACCAAGCACAGUUGGUGAUUGAGAAGCCACUGACACCACCGCCAGAUGCGGAAUACUACCUGAAUCUACUUACCGAAUCCAUCAAGGCGGGGUCUGAGUCCGAUGAUACCGCCAGCACCAUAUCCACCGUCAUCGAUAAGUUCUCCAUGGGCUCGAAUUACUCCUCGGAUAGCAGUCUCAAUGGUCAUGAGUUGGCCAAGGUUUUGCAACCUUUUACUCUCCUCGAGCAGGAGUUCCUGCCCUUGGAACAACCUCUCGGGCAUCCCAAGUUGCUUAUUCCUGGCAACAACUACGAGAAUGUGGAAUUCAAAACGGAGAAGGUCAAUGUGUAUGAGAAUGUGGUGCUCCGAAGUCCAGAAACGACGCCCACACCAAAGCCCAGAGUUCAAUUGGCCACCGUGGAACCCAAAAAACGAUCCAUUAUUCCCAUGCCAAGGAAAAUUCCCACACCAAGCAAGCUGCCAAUUGAGGUGACUCCACCACGUGUUCCCUCAAUGGAGGAGCCCAAAACACCAACUAACGAGAAGUUGGACUCUCCUAAGACACCCACAAAUGAGCUCAAGGAGUCACCAAUUAUUACUACCAAAAUACCUAAGGCCAAGUUCUCGAGGGCCAAAACCGAAAGCGAGAUCAAGCUGCCCUUGCAGCCCUCGAAACAGCAGUCACAACAGGGAAAAUCCCGCAUACCCAUAGUCAGUACACCCAGUCCAAAAGUGAUUCCCAAGCCAGCGUCACCCACAUUGAAUGGGUCAUCACCAAGUUCAAAUAUUCCACGGCUGUUGCAGAAACAGAAAUCUGAAACGGAUUUAAAACUAAACUUGUAUCGAAGUAAAUCCAAGGAGGGCAGUCCCAGACCACCUUUGCAGAGGGCCAACUCAGCAGAGGCCCCGGAAAGGACCUUUAUCCCUGUACUUCUAAAUGGCAACUCCAAGAGUUCCAACUCCCUGGAAAGCAUCAGUUCGCUUGGAAGUAAUAGCAGUGGAAAUAGUGGAAGAUCUCCCAAGGGACCCAAGCCCAAACCACCAGAGCGGGUCCAAUCGCUGCAGAAAACCCAAAUACCCAAGCUCCAGACACUGCCAACUACUCCACCUCAACAGAUUCCCAAACUGAGUAUGCAAACCUUUAAGCAAAGCCCACCCACACCCAGAUCAACGCCAGUGGGUACACCAUCACCAACCAGCAAUCGAGAGAUACGCUUCAAGAUUCAGACGUACGAGAGCAAGACCCAGGACGAAGAUAAAUUGCCCAGCCUAUUUGACCUAGUGCACAGUCAGGAGAAGGAUAAAGAUAAGGAUAAGGAGAGUGAUUCACUCCAGAUCCAUAAUAAUAUCACAGCACUUUUGGCCGCCGCCGCUGCCGAGGCUGCCGAUCUCUCCCGUGAAUCUCCUCCGCCGCUGGUCGUUGGGAAAUGCAUGAAGAUUGUCGAUGAUAACAAUACGACCACCUGCUAUUCCAGUUCUAGCAGUGGGGAGGAGGAUGAGGAUGAUGUGAAUGCUGCCAACAGUGAAUAUAUCUGCGAAGAUGGCGAAAAGUUGGGACCGCCAGAGCUGAUAAAUGGGCCAGGUCCAUCGGAGGCUUAUUUCAAUAUGUUCUGGCACUCGAACAUGCUGCCCACCAUUGGCGAGGUCGAGGAAGAGUUCUCCUCCCUGGAACCGCAAUCUUUGACCAACGGAAACCUUGUCAAAUCAGAGGAGUCAAAGAAGUUACCCAAAAUGGAAGUAAACGCUGGUGGUGGACUGACCCAGCUGACUGACGAUAAGAUUGCUGACCAUGACGCAUGUGAAACGAGAGUGGAUAGUCGUAAUGACACCACAACGAACCAAGGAAUCCAGGAGAUCAGCUCGUCUAGCUCGAGUUCUAUGAGGAGUCAGAAGACCACCACAACCACUCGAGUGACCACCACUAAGACCUGUUCUAGUUCCAGUUCUUCAAGUACCUCCUCCUCCAGUAGCUCAUCCACCCUUAUUCCGGAUAUCGCAUUUAAGCUGCAACCAUAUGAGGAAAGGGAGGAGAUAUUCUCGGAACCCAUUACCAUUAUCCAUGAGGAACGACGUGUGCUGAGCGAACAGAAGACUCUUAGUGAAUCGAGGACCCGAGAUGCUUUGACUGGCGAGGAACAGCUGGUAACUAGUGCCAAUUCGAAAUCGAGCAGUGCCCGCUUCAAGAAGAUCAGCAGCAACGACAACCUACUCGACCUUGGUGACGAGCAGGAGAUGCAGGAGCAGCCGUUGACCGCCACGAUUACCCAGGAAUCGAGUCUAAGGGAGCGAUUGGAGUGUCCUCAGGAUAACCAGAGUAUCGAGCGGGGUACUCUGACCCUAUCCGAGCGGGGAAAGCAGCUGAGCGAAAACGAAGGACUUACCACCUACACGGAAUGUGAGACGAGCGAAAAGGAGUCUUACUUGGAGGCCCAACAGGUUCUCAAUGGAUCUGGUAGUACUACAUCCCAUGAUGAAAAUGGUGAUUUGCCCACUUUGGAAAGAGAGUUAAUCGAAACUGUUACGGUUACCAACGAUGGUGAGAAGCAGGUCACUAAGAAAUUGGAACAGAGCAAGGAAAUUGCCGGCAAGAAGGGUCCUAAGCUUCUCAAGAAAACCGAUGAAGAGCGUCGUCUCGAGCAGGAGGCCCAAAAGCUGAUCGAAAGCUAUCAGAAAGUCAAGAAGGAGGCGGAGAAGCUGUAUAAACUGGAUGAUGAUGAUACCCAGGGUUUUGACCUGAGUGCCUUCGAGCAGGUGGAGAAAGAGGAUAAGCCGGAAAUCGUUGAGGAAAGCCAAAAGGAGGUUAAGGAAUCCCAACCAGCACAUGUGGAUAUCCAAAUCAUAGAAGAGGUUAAAACCCCUGAUCAGGAAGUCAAGGAAGAGGUUAAAGUCUCUCAAGAAGAAGUCAAGGAACAGGUCAAAGUUGUCAAAGAGGAAAACAAAGAGAUUGUCUCUCAAGAGGCAGUCAAGGAGGAAGUCAAGGUGUCAAAUCAGGAAGUUAAAGAAGUCUUGAAGAGUGAAGUUAAAGAGGAGGUCAAGUCCCUCAAGGAAGUCAAAGAGGAGGUCAAGGUGUUACGUCAGGAAGUCAAGGAGCAGACCACUAAGAAAGAGGCUGUCAAAGUAGUGCAUAAGGAAGUGAAAGUGAUUCAAGAAAGUGCCAAAAUCACCACAAGUCACAAGGAGUCUUCCAAAGAAGUCAAAGUCUCCAAAGAAGAAGUCAAUGUUUCCCGGAAGGAAAGUGAACUUCCUGCUUUGACGACCACAACAGUAGAGGUCAUUUCACCACCUCUGGAAGAUGACUUGGGCUAUGUCCUUCACAAGCACAUUAUUCUGCCCCAAGAGAAAGUCAAGAAGGCACCAACUCCCUUACCCAAACCCAAACCCAAGCCUCCAGUUCCCACCAACAAGCCCAAAAUGCCAGCAACUCUGACCAAACCGAAGACAGCCCCGCCACCAGUGCCCACUAAGAGGAGUGAGGUGACUGGAUCGAAUGGUAAGCCAACACCCAGCCAAAGACGCAGCAGUUUGGAAAACUCCCAGCCGCCCAAACCACUGGAACGUAUAAUUGUGGGCGUGGAGCAGCGGGAUGAGACGGAAAAGCCACAGCCAAUUAUCAACUUGGCCAGCGUGGAUCUGCCAAAUGUGGCGUCCAACGACAAACAAACGACCGCGGAAACAAGUCCCGUGGUGGAGAUGCCACCGGAUGAGCUUCAAUUCGAGAGCCACCAAUUGCCCGAUGAUGGGGCAAGGCAAAAGGAUUCGCACCAGGAGUCAAAUGACCUGCUCAGCGGUUCGUCAUCGUCGUCGGUUACCACACCCAUAACAACGCCAAUUUUGGUAUCUGCCACCUCAUCGAUGGAUUCGGUGCAAAGUGUCAUCGAGGUCGUCAAUGGCAAUCACCAACACCAAACCGACGAUGACGACAUUGAUGAAGAUGAAACGGCUGAUGAUGCAGUGGAGGCCGAAGGACUAAAGGACGUAAGUCCUGUCGAGGAGGAGGUGACAACAUUGCCGCUUGACAGAGAACAUGAAUCAGAUCUUGGCACCCUGAGCAACCAUCACAGCAACAUUAGCAGCAUCAACGCAAGUAGCAACAUCCCGGCAGCAACUUUAAUAAUCAGCAACAACAGCAGCAGCAGCAAAAAGACAACCAGCGAGGCAGCAACCACAGGCAAAACUGCUCCACCACUGAACCCUGGCAAAAUGGAGCUGCUGAGCAGCAACACAGCCACAGUCACGACAACAACGACAGCAACGCAUCACCUGCAUCAGGCAACUACCACAAAACAGCUGCUGGUGCAGGAUUACCUAAGCUACGCAUCGCCACCAACCUAUUCCCGCCUGCCGCCCGAUGGUCAUGAGUUUCCGCCCAAUUUCAGCGAACCACUGAUCAUGCACAGCCACCCACUGAAGGUGACCACCGAAUUGAGCUACGAGAUACAGAAUGGCGGCAAGGAGGAGAACUCUGCACCACCACUGCCCAAAACAGGGCCACCAGCUACAGUUCCAAGGAAAGUAUACCGUCAGGAUUUGGUUAUAAACGUAGAACCGGCAAGCAAUUUAACCCGGGACUAUCAGCGAUCCUUGAGUGGUGGCACCACCCGUAAGCCCAGUGAUUGGCGAAAGGAUGAAAAGUCAGAGAAGUCGGUUCGCGAUAAGAUCGCCAUGUUCUCGUCCAACAACGAACUGGAUGCCAUACCGCCAGCUCCGGCCACAGCUCCCAUAUCCAGCUCCUUCUCCCGCAAACCGUUGAACAGGAGCAGUGAAAACCUUCUGGACAGUUGCUCAGCAUCGUCGGCGCCUUCGCUUAAAACUCGCGCCAUGAGCGUGGAGAAUCUGAAUGAUGUCCAGCGGCAAUAUCAGUUGGCCAAACAGUUGCCCCAGUUGCAUGUGGCUGAUUCGAUGUAUUCCCUAAAUACAGCCACACCCACACAAAGCUACGCCUCGUUGCCGCGAAGGAGUCACGGAGGAUCGUAUUCCUCGGGUGUGGAGAGAAGGAUCAGUUUCUCGGGUGAAGGUGGAGAGGCGGCCAAUCGAAAGGCAGCCAUUACAAAUAUAUUGGAGCAGCGAAGGAGGAGUUUGUCGAAGCUGCGCGGUUUGGUGAUCCCCGAGAGACCCCAGCUACUGGAACCCAUCCUGGAUUUACCCGAGAUUAAGAGCCAGGUCAAGGCAGCCAGCGGGGAAGAUAGCACAGACAGUGGUUUGGGUGAGAGCCAUCGCAGUACGGUCAAUAGGAACAAUCAAGUGGGGGCAGGAAGUGCAGGUAGUAACUAUCGCAGCAUUUUCAACGCCAACCAGAGGAGACCCUUGGAACAGCAGCUCUCCCAACCGCCAGCCAAACCACCGAGGACAUCGCUGACGCCACUGCAGCCGAGAACUAUGAUGAUGCCACCACCACCGCCACCACUAGAUCAGGAAAGUGAUACAGAUUCGGUAUUCUCCCAUACCGCCAGAGUGGCCACUCCCCCCGAGAAGUUUGCCCUUACCAGAACCUUGAGUUCCGAGACCAACACAUCGAUAGCUAGUUCCAACACCUCUACUCUAACAUCUGGAUCUUCAGCGGGCUCUCAGGCCAGUUGCAGUUCUCUGGGCAGCACACCGGCGGUGGACUUAACCAGAAGAGUGCUCAAAAGUCAGGUGAUUAAUGGUGAACCCGUGGUUCUAUCAAGUCGCAAAAGUAUCCUGGCCUCGGCCAAAUGCCGCAGUGCCAAGAGUCGUGGCCAGGAGGAGGAUAACGAUAGUACUGAUGGAGAAGCGUGCUCAUUGGCCAAUCGUAGAAUGAAGCCCAUUUCCAGCUAUAAGCUCCAGCAGCAACAGAUCCAAUUGGGCAAACAGCUGGUGGUGGAUAAACUAAUCAAUGUGGCUGCCUACGUUGAACUAACCUCGGAUACGGACGACAGCAGCCGGAGAUCUGAUACGCCGGCCAAGAUCAGUGCCAUGUUCAUAGACGAGGAGCGUAAGGCCAGCUUCAAGGGAGAUCCCAAUCAACAGGCCAAGGUCAAAGUUGAGCAGGUCAAGCCCAUGGUACUACCAAUGGUGCUGCCCUCUCCGAAAAGAGAACCACUGAAGCAGCAAACCACCGCCGAAUUACGCGAGAAGUUCGAGAGGAGUGCUGCAGCUCAAGCUCAAACCCAAAACCACUCGCCAGUGAUCCAUAAGAUUGCCCAGAAGCCACAUCAUGAGCGAUUCUCCUCGCUGGACUCUCUGGCGUCUAGUUCCUCGGGCGUGAGUUCCACCACACAAAAUGUGAGCACCACCCAAGAGACGGCCACCGAAUUCGGCAGCUUUUCUUCGCUGGGCAGCAACCAGAGUUUGAUCACCGCCCAGGAUGUUCAACAAAUUGUCGAAGAGGCAGAUCCCCCACUAAAGACCCCCGAGGCGUUCAUCAUUGUCCUGCAAAGGGAUAAUCCCGAGAGUAGCAUCGGCAUCACUUUGGCCGGAGGGUCCGAUUACGAGGCUAAGGAAAUAACGAUCCACAAGAUCCUGAGCAACACGCCAGCUGCCAAGGAUGGACGUCUGAAGAAGGGAGAUCGCAUCCUCGCAGUCAACGGGAUGAGCAUGCGCGGACUAACGCAUCGCGAGUCUAUCAGUGUCUUAAAGACCCCCCGACCUGAGGUUGUGCUGGUAGUGACCCGCUCCGAGUCGCUCGUGGUGAAAGCCCUGACCAAGAAGCGAUCCUCUCUGGGAUCACUUAGUUCUCUGAACGAAAAGCCCACAGAGCUGGACUACGAACGCAAGAGGAACUAUCACAAGGCCUCUCGAUCUCUGGACUUGGACCUCGAUCUGGUGUCCAAUGAGGCUGGUGGCUCCCCAGUGGCCACCACUCCGAGCACCGGAUCCGUAAGCCCGCCGCAGCCGGCUAGUCUGCAUGACGAAGAUGCUGAAGCCACCAUUGCGGGAAUCCGUGCCAGGAGACAGUUGUCGCGCGGUGAUGCCGCCAAGCUCAGCACGAGUGAGCUUCUGGAGAGGGCAGCGGAAGCCAGAAAUGCUAUUGCUGCGGAGAUUCGAGCACAAGCUGAGGAUGCGGCGGCCAGUGGAGGAGGAGCUCGCUGCGUGGAGAUUGUCAAGGACAGCUGUGGUCUCGGUUUCUCCAUCGAAGGUGGCUUUGACUCGCCGCUUGGAAAUCGUCCCCUCAUUGUCAAAAAGGUGUUCAUGGGUGGUGCCGCCCAGAAGACCAACCAGGUGCGCAACGGUGACGAAAUCCUGAGCAUUAAUGGUGCCUCCACAUCGCGAAUGACACGGGUGGAUGCGUGGAACUACAUGAAGCAACUGCCGCUGGGACCGGUCAAGAUUUGUUUUGCCUAGAGAGAGGAUGGUCCGAAAUCCAUAGACAACGAAGGGGAAGAAUGCGCCACAAUUUUUAUUAGAUUUAAGCCAAUUAGCUUGGUUACCCCUUAACCGGUCUAACCUUUUGGGGGUCUUGCCAAUUCGAUGGAUCGAUGCUGCGAGCGAUUUGUUUUGCAUUUAAACGAACCUUUAAUUGUAUGCCUAAUUUUAUAGAUAUUUAAUUUAAAGUGCAAUUGUUUAAACUCUUACAACGUUUUGAUGCCCCAUUUACCUACCUACUUAACUGAUCGAUGUUUGUACAUAUAACUAAUCGAGACUAAUUUACGUAUUUAAACCUUUAAAACAAAUCGAAGCCAGCCCCUUGGGCAGUGCUAUUUCCUUAUACACAACUUAUUAAUCCACAAAACAUAACAAAAAAACAAUUAUAUUUUAUGCCAUAAAUUAUACGGGAACGUUAUACAUGUAUAUUAUUUUAAUAAUUAUUAUUUUAUUUAAUGAACAACAAAAACAAUGUUUACGUAUACAAAAGUAUUUGA